UUUGAGGUUAAUUGUGUGAUAUUAAAUAUUCAACUGCAAACAAAAUAUUGAAUACCUACUGCCUACGCUACGGAUAAGUUUUGCGUGUACCGUUUGUAUACGGCGUUUUAAUAACUUAAUCAUAUUAAAGUGGUUCUUAUAUUUCACUGACAAUGUCUUCGGGUCGGAAGUGUAAGAACUGUGGAAGCCUCGAUAUCGAGGUAGAUCCAGCACGAGGUGAUGCAGUGUGCACAAAUUGUGGUUCGGUUUUGGAGGACAACAUAAUUGUCGCUGAAGUGCAAUUUGAGGAAAACGCUCAUGGCGGUAGUAACGCACUUGGACAGUUUGUGUCGGCAGACUCUAAAGGAGGGCCAACUAAUUUUGGUGCAUCAUUUCAUAUUGGAAUGGGUAUCGAAUCACGAGAGGUUACAUUAAAGAAGGCACGAAAUGGAAUAACCAACUUGUGUAACCAGUUACGGUUAAAUCAGCACUGUGUAGAUACUGCGUGUAAUUUUUUUAAAAUGGCAUUGGCCCGUAAUUUGACACGUGGAAGAAAGAACACUCAUAUGUUUGCAGCAUGUGUCUAUAUGACUUGCAGAACAGAAGGCACACCACACAUGUUAAUCGACAUCAGCGAUGUACUACAAAUUUGUUGUUAUGAAUUGGGAAGGACAUACCUACGAAUAUCACAGGCAUUGUGCAUUAACAUUCCCUCAUUAGGUAAGUGGUUUUAUCAUAUUUUUCUCAUAUUACUAUGAAACCUAUCCAUGAGUGUGCAUUGGUCAA